UAAACCAACAUGAAGGUAGGGUCAGAAUGUAGAUUAUUUAGACUACUUUUGCUGAACAAGUCUGAAGAGCAUCUAUUCAGACAACUCAAGAGGCCUGAAGCCGAACUAGAGCGGGUACGAGGACGUCGGCUGAUAGCAUCCAGUCCGAGUUGAUCAACCUUAUCAAAAGAGUUUUGGGUAACUUCUUGAAUGUUAAUGUUUGCACUAGAAUAGGUAAUUUGUUACUUCAGCUUCAUGAAUCUGGGUCAAGAAUUUUGGAAUAUGUGGUUUAUUCUAUCACUGAUUUAGACCUACAAGAGAUGAUGAUGUCUAUAAAGGAAAAUGAGCAUGCUCAGAUCCCUACUUUGUUACAGCGACAGUUAAGGUGGGCAUAUGAAGGUUUGGAAAUUCUAAAGCAGCUUGAUAAUGUGAAAAUUUACAACCAAGUCUACAAUCUAAAUGAAAUCUAUAAGCAGCAGACUACGAUGCAUUCAGUGAACACAGAACAAAAAGCAGGCAAAAAUUUCUCAAAAAUUGUCAAAAAUGAAUAUAAGACUAGGAUACAAGACUCGUAUUUUAGUUUUAAACUAUCUGCAGCAAAAGAGGUUGCUCCAACCCAACAAAUCGCAGCCAAAAAGAGGCAAUAUAGGAAGGAAUCAUUGAAUUCUGAUUGUGAGAUCCGUAAAGCUACUCACUCGCACAUUCCUUCUUUUGCACCAAGAUCAGCAAUUAAGGUACCUACUUUGAUUCCUUGAUCAAAGAUUUUGACGAGGAAAAGCUCUCACAAAAUAAUAAGAAAGUACAAAAAAUUAGACAAUCUCAGUGAAGCUCUAAAUUGAUCAAAUUGUUCAUAUAAAAAUAGAGCUGAUUGUAAGCUUCAGCCAUAACUUUAGCUGAUUAUUUCAACCAGGAGUUGACCAAGGAGUCGUCAUUUCUUGAAUUAGUCCAGGAGGAACUCUCUAAAUCACAGAUAGCUCAUAUGAGGAUAAACCCUGCUUCAGCAUUUGAGGAGGCCAAAGACCUGAAGACAGUCGAUAAACCUACCCUACCACUUAACAGAUGGAUUCCUGAUGAAUACUGUCAUAAAUGCAUGAGAUGAAAAAGAGAGUUUGAUCUCUUUGUCCGUAAACAUCAUUGCAGGAGAUGAGGAAAUCUCCUCUGCUAUAACUGUUGUGGAAAUUGGGUAAGAAUCAAAGAUCUUUUUGAAGCAGGCCUUGACAAAGAACAGAAGAAGAUCUUCCGACUACAACAUCCAGAGUAUAGUAAUAUUCGCAAGAAGAAACAGAAGGUGAGGAUCUGUAAUGAUUGUCAUGAUUUCC